UGGGUCUCCUAGCAACAAGCGGCGGUGGCCGGGCGGAGCGGGCGCCGGUUGAUACCUGUGGAGAAUCCCCUAAAUUGUACCCUGAAAAGGCAGAAUGGAGAUGUCAAUGCCCCCACCUCAGAUAUAUGUAGAAAAAACUCUGGCUAUUAUCAAACCAGAUAUUGCUGACAAAGAGGAGGAGAUACAAGAUAUUAUUCUCAGAUCUGGAUUCACCAUUGUUCAGAGAAGAAAACUCCAUCUCAGCCCUGAGCACUGUAGUAACUUUUAUGUGGAACAGUAUGGGAAAAUGUUUUUCCCCAAUUUAACAGCUUACAUGAGUUCUGGACCACUUGUUGCCAUGAUAUUAGCUAGACAUAAAGCCAUCUCUUACUGGAAAGAACUUUUGGGACCAAGUAAUACCUUAGUAGCUAAAGAGACUCACCCAGACAGUCUAAGGGCAAUUUAUGGCACAGAUGACCUAAGGAAUGCACUUCAUGGGAGCAAUGAUUUUGCUGCAGCAGAAAGAGAAAUUCGAUUCAUGUUUCCUAAAGUGAUUAUUGAACCCAUUCCAGUUGGACAAGCUGCUAAGGAUUAUUUAAAUUUAUAUGUAACACCAACUCUGCUUGAAGGACUCACAGUACUUUGUAAGGAGAAACCAGCAGAUCCUUUUAUUUGGUUAGCUGAUUGGCUCCUGAAAAAUAAUCCCAACAAGCCAAAGCUGUGUCACAAUCCAGCUGCAGAAGAACCUUAAAAUAAAAUUCCUCAAAGAACAAAUCACUAUCUUACUGUGAAAGACAUGCUUCUACUUUAAAACAAACAAACCGUCCUAAGGUUUUAAGUAACUACGUGUGAAAUAAAUUGUUUUUAAAAAUAUAAGUUUUAAAAGAAUGUGUUUUGUGUAUAAGACAGCAUUAUCUGAGGUAAAAUAUAGCUUUAGUAAAGGUAUGAUUUUUGUUUUCUAAUAAGAAAAUUGAUUUUAUCCAGAAGUAUUUAGAAUGUUAAUGAAGCAAAUGUAAGUUUUUUGUGAUUGUAAAGUGGCAUCCAGUUAGGAGACCAACAACUAAUUUAUAUAAGACACGUUAGAAACAACUGAAGAUGAAAAGACUGUGUGGGGGCGCCUGGGUGGCUCAGUCGUUAAGCGUCUGCCU